AUAUGCAUGAGACACACCUUCACUUGGGAUCGAUUAUGAGCUACUAUGACAAAGGAAAAGAGCCUGAAGGACCAGGAAAAUUUGUUGCUUUUGAUCAUGUGACCUUUUGGGUUGGAAAUGCUAAGCAGGCUGCAUCUUAUUAUUGUGUAAGACUUGGUUUUGAGCUGUUUGCUUACAGAGGCCUUGAGACAGGAGAGAGGAACGUAGCUUCACAUGCAAUCAGACAGAAUAAAACCCAAACCCUGAGAUAUCUGCCUGAGGCACCUGGGAAAAGGAAGAGCCAAAUACAGGAGUUUGUUGAUUAUUAUGGUACUGCUGGUGUUCAACACAUUGCUAUAAAUACCAGAGAUAUCAUUGGAGCUAUAUCUAACAUGAAAGCACGUGGCCAUCAUUUCCUGACUAUUCCUAAAUCUUAUUACGAUCAGUUGAGGGAGAGGUUGAGCAAAGCAAAGAUCACAGUGACCCAAGACAUGGACACAGUAAGAUUCACACUGUUAGGCUCAUGUCUAAUAAUAAUGAUAAUGCCAUAUAGUAUUUAGGGUUCUUCUGCUUAG